GGAUGAUUGGGAUGAUGAGAAUGAUGAUAAUGAUGAUGAUUCGGAUGAUGAUAAUGACGAUGAUGACGAUGGUGAUGAUGAUGUUCGUACGUAUGAUUCGAAUGAUGAUGAUGAUGAUGAUGAUGAUGAUGAUGAAAAUGAUGUUGAUUUUUCGAUUGAUUUGGUUGAUGAUGAUGAUGUUGAGGAUGUUUCGGAUGAAUCCG